GCCUUCUUCAGGUGUCAUAUAAGAUAUAAGAACAUGCUAUGAUCAUUUUCGCAUUUGAACGUGAUCUAGACUUUAACUCCCCGGCAACUUUUACGCCACGCCUGUUUUUACACAAUGGCUGGUGUUGAUGUUUCCAUGGUAAGCAAUGACGCUUUCCCUCGUACCGGAGCUCAUGUUCAUGUCUGCGUCAGGACUGCUGAGCCGGAGGUGCUGUUAAAAAUUGACAAACGCGUGUUGGUUUUCAGUUCCUCAUCAAAUUAUUUUGUUGCUCAUCUCGCUCAUCUCGCGAAAUGUAACUAUUUUCUCUGUAACCUGGGCCACAACACUGCUAUGUAAUGUAGGCGACCAACGAUCAAAUCAGAACAGCAAGAAAAGCCUUCUGUUUACCAAAGAAACGGGGACUUGCAGAAAUUCUCUUGGGGCUAAAAAAUGACAAGCAGAUUGCUAGCAUCUUUUAAUGUCCUGGACAGCUGCUCUGAGAAGAUCUUGAAAAAGCAUGCUAGGAGCCGACAAUUGGGUGAUACUCCAAGAAAAAGAUUUACUGAUUGUCUUGAAACCUCAUAUUUGCCAUUAAGCAGUGAAAGUGAGUGGGUCUAUGACCUGCCUAGCACAAGAAGAACUGAAAUCUCGAAACCUAAAUCAACUAAAGAAAUUAUAAAUGAGGAACAAAGACUCAUUCAUAAGAAAAUAAGCUCAGCAAGAACUAUUAGACCUGUUUCUGCCCUUAAAAGGGCACCCAGGCUAGAGCACAGCGGCAAACCCCACAUCAGACCAUUCACCUGCCCUGAGGACCUCGCCUGGAGAGCAGCAUACUGGAAAAGCAAAGAGAAGAAUACCGAAGAAGGAUUCAUGAUUAUUACAAUUAAAACAUCACAGUCCUUAAAAUCAGGAAAGAACACAGCACGGAGAAUCAAAUGGUCAAGAGAGGUAGAAAAAGUCCCAUGUUUAGAUGCAUUAAGUAAGCAGAGCAGCCAGGCACUGGUUGGGGGAACUCUUGGCUACACUGACACAUCACACUGGUAUUCCUUCUCUGCAAACACUAGCCGUGCUGAAGAGACACCUAUUAGCGUUUUUACUGGAGAAGAUGAAAGUCAAUACAGUAUUCCUGGGUCAGUUGGAAAAUUGGUUGCACAACAAUUACAGUAUGGAAAUGUUGUCCGCGUUGGCAUGAAUGGAGCAUAUAGAAGAAUCAGAGAAAAUUCAGAAAAGGACACUGAAAGAGAAGAACGUGUUCAAAGUGUGAAACAUUCAGCUGCUGAAGUCACAUCUGAAGUAGUCCCUCUUAGCAUGAAAGAUGAACUGGAAAAAAAGACUGCUAGAAUACUUUCACCAAAAUCCCAGGAUAUAUACUUGCCUCUUCCAAUUGUUAGUAAGACAUAUCCUGUGGUGUAUCAUCAUGAUUAUCAACAUAAACCAUUCUGCAGCCAAGGCUUGCACGCUUUUGAGGAUAAAGAGUCUUUGCAUCAAAGGGCAGAAGGAAGGAAAAAUGAUAAAAAUGAAGUCUAUUCUGCUAUAGUCCGCAUAACCCAGUCGAUGCAGGAAGACCACAUUAUUGGCAAGGCAUCACAACGAGAAAGAAUGGAAAAGCUUUUUCCUUUGAGACCAGAAACAAACCUGAAAAGGAACAAAUCUGGGAAGAAUAAUGCGAAUGUUCAAGUGUUAGCAAAUGAUGGAAAAAACAAAACAUGUCUGGACUUUAAAAAUGUCCCUCAAGGGAUUACUACUCAUAAUAUCUCAGCCUUAUCGCCACGUAUUGCUUUGAAUAAAGCACCCCAAGGUCUUAUCAGUGCAUCAAAGUUUAAGAACUCCUCUAAUGCUAGUGUAGGUCCAAUACAGAAUGGAGUAAAUCCAAAACAGCCUCUUGAAUUUAAUGACUUGUCCACAGACUUUUUAAAAGGGGUGGAAAUGAUGGUAAAAACAAAUUCAACCAGUGGUGGAAACCAGACAGCUUCAGUUUUACAAAAAAACAUAAGUGCAUACCAGGAGAGCAAGAACUACAUAAACUUUACAAAGCCACUCAGAUAUAACAAGAAUGAAACCAUUCUUACCAAUCAGCUUUCUCUUAUGGAAAUGUGCCAAUCAGCACAUACUUUACUACCAGAGACCUUUAUUAUGUCAGAAAGCACGGGUGCAUAUGAGAUUAAUUUUCUUCAGUCAAGGCCAAACAGCAGCACAGAGUACACAGGGAAAUUCCAAGAGCAGUGUCCUGCAAGAAAAGGAUCACCAGAAGGCAACGUUUCCCCAAUACCUUCGAAGACAGAUGUAACAGAGAUCUGCACAGAGGUCACUAACAGCAUUGGGAGGCCCAGUUCAGAUCCUCAGGAUGAAAACAAACCAGAUCAAGUUCCUGAAGAAGAAAUUAAGCCUCAUACGAAGCUUCCAUCUUCCGUUGACUCACACCAAGUUAUCAGCAUUCCUACUGCAGAAUGUGACAUUCAGAGUGUGUCAGAAUGAAUCUCUGAAGCUGAUGAACUGCGAAAAUCUGAGGACACUUGAAAUACAUUAUUAUGGUUAACUUUACAAACCCUGCAACACAGCCCUUGGCUCACUCACAAGUAAAGACAUAAUUUAACAUUC